AUGACAGUUGAUACUCACAACCAGGACUCGGCAGCCAUGAGAUUUGAGGUCUUUAAGGGCGCCCUUAAAGAUGGCGUCGCUGCACGUGUUGGCCGUAUCGCUUUUGCAGGGAGACUGCCCAUCGACACACCCAACUUCAUCGGGAUAACCUCUCGGGGUACCGUGCCACAUGUCACUCCCGACAACGUGGGAAAACACCUGCAAACUACCGGAGCAUAUAUGGCGUUGGAAGAUUUCAUCGAGCGACCUCAGCGAUACUCUAAGAGGACGCCCCCUAUUUACGAGUCUCCCAAAACACCAAAUAACAACACCCGGUUGCACAGCUUCACCGCCAUGCCGCAGUCCGUCACCACAGUCCUAGGUGCUCGCCGAAUUCCGGCUGUGUCUUCCCCUGCCGGCAACACCAACGCCUCCAUCUCCGUCUUCACCUCAACUGGCUUCCAAGACCUCACCCUCAAAGAAUACCUCUCCGCCGUCAAGGCCCUCAAACCCGACAUCGCCAUCCCACUAGCCGACCUCACCAACAGCGCCAUUGCCCCUAACUCAAAGCGCGCCCUGCGGAUGGCCGAGCGCACAGACGAGUGGAUAGUCGAGUGGUUCGCCUCGUUAUCCGAAUCAGCCACCAUCACCGCCGACGCAUCAUCGCGAACAACCGCCACCUUCGCCCCUAUCCUCCCCGUCUCCUACUCCAUGCAAUGGGAGUACAUCUCCCGUCUCGCCGAGGAUUACCUCCCAACAGGCCAACUCUCAGGGCUCGCCGUCCACGACGCAGACCUCCUCCCCGACCUCGCCGAGCACUGCGCAGCCCUGCUCCCCCUUCCGCGGCUCUCGCUCUCCAACCCCCCCACACCGCACCACAUCCUCCGCCAAAUCGCCCUCGGCAUCGACGUCUUCGCCCUCCCCUUCCUCAACACCAUCUCCGACGCCGGCCUAGCCCUCUCCUUCACCUUCCCACCCCCACCAACCUCACCCGGAGAAACCUCACCCACCCCCCCGCAACCCCUCGCAAUCGACCUCUCCGCCGCGCCCCACGCCACCUCCCUGCUCCCCCUCACCCCCACCUGCCCCUGCUACGCCUGCCGCACCCACCACCGCGCCUACAUCCACCACCUGCUGGCCGCGCGCGAGAUGCUGGGGUGGACGCUGCUGCAGGUGCACAACCACGCGGUGAUGGCGUCCUUCUUCGCCGGGGUGCGCGCGGUGCUGGGCCAGCAGGGCGGGGAAGAAAAGUUCGCGGAGGCGGUGAGGGCGUUUGGGGCGAUCGUGAGAGAUCCUCCGAACUGA